CAGAACAUCCCAAAGCGUUCAUGGUUUCUCAUUUAAAGAAGUUAAUGGACUCAAGGGCUAUAGAAAUGAAUCAUCCAUGUUUGUUUGAUGACACAAAUAUCAGGUCUUUAUUUGGAAUUUUGGAUAUAUCAAAUCAUGGUUAUAUUAACUAUGAGCAGUAUAAACGAGGUAAUUUACCAAGCACAAUUAUCAUUUCCUUUGAAUUAUCAAAACUCAUGCUUUCUCUCAUAUGUGUUUUUGUGUCAAUUAAUUAGCAUUGAAUUUCAUAAAAUUAAUGCGACUUCAUUCCUAUGCCAAUAGUAUGCCUAUUUGUGCUGAAAUGACAAGUAUUAUUAUUAUUCAGCUAAGGCGUAAAAAAAAUACCUGUGGUUCCGGUUUCAUAUCGUGAAAAAAUUAGGGUCGGUAGGUCGAAAAUAAAUUUUUUUGGGGAAUAAUUUUUUCAUGGUUUGGCGAUUUUCUGCUGGGCUAUUUUCAGUAGAGGCUCGACAUCAAUAUUAACUAGAGAUGCGUAUUUCCUAUGGACGGAUUUAGGCAAUUUGGUUCAAUAAUUAGUGUGACAACAGACGCCAUUUUGGCACGCUGUAUGAGCAGCCCGCAACCACCUGGAGAAAAUAGGGUUGGUAGGUCAAUCGCGUUGAAAAAAUCAUAGGGUCGGCAGAAAAAAAUAGGGUCGGUCGGGAACCGGAACCACAGGUUGUUUUUUUUACGCCUAAUCUCAAAAUAAUUUCUCAAAAACCAAUCAAGUGUUUCCAUUCCCAAGAUGUCAAUUUCACUAUGCUAGGAAUGCACAUAGUCACAUUCCUGAAUGUUUUGACACAAAAGAGCCGAAUAUGAAGCAUGUGAUUGUAUGGUUUUGGUAAUAGCAGCUUGAUCAACUAUCUGUGAAAACUUAAAACCUAGCUAUUACAGUAGGUGGACACUUUCAAUCUUAAGAAUUUAUAUACAACUGCAUGUUACACUACUUUAGUUUUAUCCCAGUUAGUCUUUGUUGUAACUUCCAUGUGUACAUGCAGAUCAUUCGUGCCAAUACCAUAUGUAUAACAUUAAUUUGUUCGUUUUUACAAAAUGUACUGGAUCAUUUUCUCUUCAGCUCUUGAAAACUUGGGCAUCAAAGAUAUCAAUCGUAAUCCGCCUGGUGCUGAUUUGGAUGAAAUUACAUUAGAGGUCUUUCUCAAGGAAGCGUGAGUAUAUAUCACCAGUUUUAGCGAGCUCUAUAUAUAUCUGGAGCGCCUUCCUUGGUGCAAUCGUGAGAUAACUCCAUUUUCUUGAUAUUCAAUGCAUUAAUGAAUUUACGUCACGCUUUGCAUAAUGACACCUACCAUGGUACUUAAAAUAUUAUAUAUGACUUUUGGGUAAACGUUUUUACUAGAAUUGUGCUUUCCUCUAUAAGAAUAUGUCUACUCUAAAAACGAUGCAGAGCGUCUAUCAUAUUUUUGCAAUAUACUUUAAGUUUAUCUUUCAAAUGCAAUUUUACGUUUACUAAUUCUAUUUUUUUUCCUUUCGUAUUGCCUUUAAACUACUUUUAGGAGAGUUGGUUUGUCCACAUCGUCGGCUACUUUCCUUGCCACCUAAUGCAAAUAUUAAAGUAUCGUUCUUUUAAUCUAGUAUUAAUAUAUUAAUAGGUUUAGCCAUUCUGAUUGGCAAUAACUGCAAAAAAUGGUUAGGAAGAUCAUGCAGGUGAACUUUUGUGUUAUUAACCUCAGCCCUCGUCUUCAGUUGAUAACACAAACUUCAUCCUUGAUAAAUAAAGUCCCGUACAGACGAGCAAGUUUUCCAUGGCAACUUUCCUUGACAAGUUCCUUGUUAAAAAGCUGGCAUGACUAUAGCUUUUGAAGAAGGCUGAUGUCAAGGAAAACAUUCAAUUUUUGCCGUACACACGACCAAGUAAAACUUGGAGAGCGAAACUUUCUCGUCUAGGUUCCGUUCCUAUGUAGGACUAGCCUCCUCUGCAGGCAACUCGGUGGAAAAUUAAAUACGCGAAAUUUAAUACGCAAUAUUUAGCAGAGGUGGUAAGAAGGGCAUGACAGUAAUAAAAACUUGUUAAAUUAAAUAGUUUCUCUAUAGUAUUGUGUAAUUCUGCACUGCCUGCGGAGUUGGCUAAUGUAGAACCAUAGACCAAUUGCGAAACUUAGUGACCGCG